GCAUUAUUUUCUCUAUGACGUCAUUCGGCUAAAGUUCGCGAACUCUUCUUUCCAAAACAUCACCAAAAUGAAGAAAUUCCAUAAAACAGAUAUAACUACAAAUCCUAAUCCACAAUGAAUAGGACAAAAUGGGGAAACCCGUUCUAAACAAAACCAAUCAAACCAAACACACUGGACAAACUAAUCAAUAAUCAUACACACAGCAGACCACCACAAUGAAAGAUGAUGAUGACGAAGAGGAGCAGUCAGUGGGGGGUGGCAAGUACCCCUGCGUGCCCUCGCUGGUGGCGCUACAGCAGAUGAGGAACCGGCUGCACUUGGCCAGGCUCGGGAAGAAGCUGAUGAAGUGGACCGCCAUCGCCACCAGGAAGGAGCUGCGGAGGAUCGCUGCUGAAAUGCUCAUUGCCUGCAAGGACUACGAAAACGAGAUUCGAAACGCGUAUUUACUGCUCGCUAGAUGUCGCUACUACUACCCCAACCUCAACGCCAUGGUGGUCGAGGGACUGCCUGCUCAUCCAAAAGAGGCCCAGACGAAGGUUUACUCGACAUUCAAAUCGAUCACUGGAAGCAGAAUUGUCAAGUUCGAAAUCUCCAAUAACGACAAGGAACCCUACGUGUUCCUAGCGAUAGAGCGUGGCGGGGAGACGGUGGCGGAAGCCAAGAAGGCCUGGUACAUUCUGCUGCGGGUCAUGACGAGGAUCCUGCAGCUGAAGCUGAGCUUCGUCACCGCAGAGAUGUCGCACAGCGGGGCUAAGAAAAAAUCAAAUGUCCUCGGCAAAAUCGUGAUACCAAGGAUCAACUCAACCAUCAAGUACAUCCUCAGUGAACUGGAGGAGAAGGACCGAGAAGAGUUCUACAGAAUCAAGAAGAUCAUGAAAGUCAAAGAAAAACAAAUUAGAAAGAAGAUGGAGCUGGCUGGAACGCUAAGCACACCCAAACAGGUGGAGGAGGAAGAAGAAGAAAAACAAGUAGAAGAAUUGCCUGAAAUACCGCUACCGCCAUCACCACCAAAAGCUAGAGUUUCAGUGCAACUCCCAUCCCCUCCACCAGAAUCUUUACCACCCACUCCACUGUUCAAAUCGGAGGAAUCUCUGUCAUCUCCGAAGGCACCGCCAAUCGAACCAGAACCAACACCAUCUCCCAAACCAGUACCAACACCACCACCAAAACCUGUACCAGCAGCCAAACCCAUACCGUUGCCACCAGCACCUUUACCACUACCAAGUAAGGUUUGCAAAAUCUGCAAACUUUCCAUGCAAUCACCAUCAGAUCCGAAUUUUGUCCUUCCAAACGCAUGCAGGGUUCCGCUAUCUAUUUCUACAGAUGAUUUGGGCGAAAAUACUUGUGCAAUAUGCAAAAGACCGCUACUUAAAUUGCCAAUGUUAGAGCAAAAGAUAUCUGAGAUAAAACCACGCCUAGUCCCACUUCAAGUAGAAACAAAAGAAAUUACUAAAAUUUUAAGGAUAUUGAAAGACGGUGGAAUUGUUUUUGAAGAAGUUAAGGAGAUUAAAAUUCGCACCGAGCAUCAGCUUCCUCAAAAUGUGUCUGAUAGAAUUUGUAGACUGAAAAGUUCUGCUUGCAAAAUGAUUCAGCCUUUUUCAGGGGCUAAUUCCAUAAGAGCGGCAUAUUGUCACCAAAAUGCUUUUAUCAGAACGUGUACACCGAGUCCUUAUAACAACUCAAUUUUAAAUGGAAGUCUUAAUUAUCAGCAGAUAGCUUCUUUGACGUCUUUGCUCAAACAAUACUUAGGAUCAACAUCUGAGGCUUGGAAAAGUAUUGAAGAAACAUCUGGUAUUUUUUGUGACGUGAAUAUAACUCGUUCUUGUUCUACUGUUGGCCCCAGACCUAUUUCUGAUAUGGCAGUUGCAGAAAACGAUUUAUUCAAAGAAGGUGAAGGUGAAGAUAUACACAAAAACACGGAUGAUAUUUUCAGAAAUGCACACAGAGCAAUUAUUACGGAAAUAGAAGAUGAAUUUACUUCACCUGACAGUAAUGAGCUAUCACUAGUAAAUGAUAUGGAAAAUAAAAUUGAACCAUGUACAAAUAAUGAUAUAUGUGUAAAAGACACAACAAUAUUAAAAACGGUAACUUCAGAAGCUAAAGUUAACAUAAUUGAAAAUGAAAUAAAACAAUUGAGUUUAUCAAAUACGGAAGAUUGCAAUAAUAACGAGCAAUAAAUAAUACUAAAGCCUAGUCAUUAUAAAUAAAUAAUAUUAUCCUAAGUAGUAUAAAUGGAUAACGAAACCCCAAAGACAUCACAAACAAAACCAAAAGCCGUAACAUCUAAAAGGCCAAAUCCUGAUAUUGAAACUAAAGAGAUAACUAAAACUAUAAGGGUUCGCAAACAAGAUGGCACAGUACUUGAAGAAGUGAAAGUCAUUAAAAUCCGCAAAGAAAUCGAAAUCUCUGAAAGCAAAUCAGAUUCUCCUAGUCAGCCAGUUAGUGAGAAAAAUUCCAGAUGCAUGUCGGAUUGCGCUAGCAAAUGUAACAAUCCGUUCUCAAGAUCAAACACUGUUGGUGCAGCACUUUGCCACAAGAGGUCUCAUAAUCAGGUCCAAUCUUUUAUAAUCAAUACUAACACUGCAUCUGACCAAUGCCAAACUGCUGCCUCUAGGACAACACUUUUAAGACAAUUUGUGGGUUCUUCUUCAGACUUUCCCAAAAAUUCUGCAGAUGAAAUUAGCAAAACCGAUAAAUUACGUUUAUUUGAAAAUCAAAAUAUAACAUUUUCUAAAAGCGAUACAGGUUCUCCAAGAACUUCCAGUUAUAUCAACAUGACUACUACUGACGACCCAUCAAACGAAUACGAGGAUUUGUACAAAAAUGAAGAUAUGAAAGUACAAUUUAGUUUUUCAGAGAAUCCCGUCUCCACUGACCACGACGAUGGAAAAGUUACAGAAAGAAAAUACGAAUUUACACAACAAAGUGAAUACGUGCCCCAAAGUGAUGAUCCUAAAAUGCAACACGAUACUAAAGAUAUUGAUGAUCAUUGAAUUUGUCCCUUUUCAUAGUUAAAAAUAUAUUUUCGUAUGCAGCUAUGGCUGGAGCACGAACGUCAACCCCGCCAUGUUCACAGCAACCCCAGCCCCAACCACAACCACAGCCGCAACCCCAAUCCCAAUCCCAAUGUCAACCCCAAUGCCAAUCAGCACCAAAACCCGAGUGUCAACCAAAUCCAAAAAGAACAGGCCACGACAUAGAAGUCAAAGAAAUAACAAAAACUAUACGAAUCCGGAAACAAGAUGGAACUAUUCUGGAAGAAGUGAAAGUUAUCAAAAUCACCAAUGACAUUGAGUUUGAAGAUGUAUCAGACGAUCCCAGUGCAUGUGUAAGCUGCAAUCAAUCUAAUACUUCCGUUGACAACCCGUAUUCUAGAUCACGCACUGUUGGUGCUGCUUUAUGCCAACCCAAUUCCUUCCGUAGAUUUUGCGCUUCAACAGCUAGUCAAGGCCCAUCUGAAGAUACGGAUGGCAUGACAUCACUGACAGCACUUUUGAGACAUUUCGUUUGUUCAACAACGCAGUUACUGAAGAAAUUUGAACAGAAAGCUGCUGCAGCAAAUAAUAAUAAGAAUGCUUUAAUAAAUUCUCCAUGUCCCGAAAUGUGCCCAGUGCAAGAAAUGGAUGAAGAAUCGACAGGCAGAUAUAUCGAUAGAUUGAAGUUUGGGAUGGAAUUUCAUCCUAUAACUGAAACUUUAGAAGAAAAUAGUGAAACUGAACUGGUUUGUGACGAGAGAGUUUUAAAAGAGAUUGGGGACCAAGGUGUAGGAGAAAGACAGAGUGAUGUGACAUUACGUAACGAACCGAUUUGAAUAAUGUUGUACAUACUUGGAAUUUCUUGAACAUAACCUGUUGUUGCGGUUCUCUUCAUCAUUAUCAUCUUCAUUGCCAUAUGUUUGUAAUUUAUCAAGCUGAAUUUUACAGUAAUCUGAAUAAAUACCUUAAAAAAUA